CGUUACGUUGUGGAUUAAAUAUUUGCGGUCAGUCGUGAUAGUGAUAGUGAGCGUGCAGCUGCAGCCGCGGGUGUGGAUGGGGGGAAACAGCCCGAGUCACCUCUCCUAUGAAGAUGAUGGUGAAGGUGGAAGAGUUACUUUUGUGAAGGGCAUUCGGCUGUCAGACAAAGUCAUCAAACGGAUGAGACAGCCCUCGCAGGUCGUCCGUCCUCAGCCCUCACAGAAUGGAGGUCCCCCUUCACACUCCCCUGAAACACAAACACCCACUCCAGUCCCCGCCCCCUCUGUCGAACACCUGUUACCUCUCCUGACGCCUCCUCCUGAUCCAUUCAUCCUGCCUCCACCCCCUUCUCCUCAGGAGGCCCCAUCUACACCUCCAUCAGUGGAACCUGCGCCUCCUCCUGUAAAACUGGUCCCCCCUCCUCCUGUGAAGUUUCACUCCCUUCCUCCGACCUCUGUUGAGCCUGAAGCAUCUCCUCCAUCACCACCUCCUCCUGCAGUGGAGCCAGUAGUCCUGCCUUCCCCUGAACCCUUCGUCCUUCCUCCACCUGCAGAGUCAUGCCCAGCAGCUGCAGCCCCAUGUGAACCCAUGAAACCAGCACCUCCACCUCCUGAACCUGCUGCUGCAGCCCCAUCUGAACCUGUGAAACCGGCACCUCCACCUCCUGAACCUGCUGCUGCAGCCCCAUCUGAACCCAUGAAACCGGCACCUCCACCUGCUGCUGCAGCUCCAUCUGAACCCAUGAAACCGUCACCUCCACCUCCACCUGCUGCUGCAGCCCCAUCUGAACCCAUGAAACCGGCACCUCCACCUCCUGACCCUGCUGCUGCAGCUCCAUCUGAACCCGUGAAACCGGCACCUCCACCUCCUGACCCUGCUGCUGCAGCUCCAUCUGAACCCGUGAAACCGGCACCUCCACCUCCUGACCCUGCUGCUGCAGCUCCAUCUGAACCCAUGAAACCGGCCCCUCCACCUGCUGCUGCAGCUCCAUCUGAACCC